UUAGUAAGUCAGUUUAAGUUUAAGCUGCUUGGCAUACGCUUGAUGUUCACAAUGAGUGCAGUAAUAUAUUUAAUAAGUGCAAUUGGAUUACUGUUGUACACAUAUCUGAAAUGGACCUUCAGCUUCUGGGAACGCAAGGGCUUUCCCUGCAAUCGGGGAUGCAUACCCUUUGGAGCUCUGGACUCGGUGCGAAGAAAUAAACGUUCCUUCGGUUUGGCCAUCUACGAUAUGUACUUAUCCACAACAAAGCCUUUCAUAGGCAUCUAUCUGACUCUACGACCGGCAUUGCUUGUGCGUGAUGCUCAGUUGGCUCACGAUAUGCUCGUCAAGGACUUUGCCAGCUUCCACGAUCGCGGCGUUUACGUAGACGAAAAACAUGAUGCCCUGUCCGCAAACCUCUUUUCAAUGGAAGGUCAAAGUUGGAGGACAAUGCGUACAAAGUUGACGCCUUCGUUUACAUCUGGCAAACUAAAGGCAAUGUUCAGCACAUCAGAGGAUGUUGCGGACAAAUUGAUAGCUCAUUUAAAUAACAAAAUAAAACAGUCAGGCACUGUCGAAGUCGAUAUGAAGAAUUUGAUGGCAUGCUUUGCUAUUGAUAUUAUUGCCUCCACCAUAUUUGGUCUGGAUGUGGAUAGCUUUACGCAACCCGACAAUGAACUGCGUGGAAUAAGUAAACAGGUUACCGAAAACACCGCGGAAAACAUUCUGCGUGGAACAACAUCAUUUUUAUAUCCAGGCCUUGAGAAGAUAUUCAAUCGGUUUGGCUGGACACUACCAGGGAUGAGAGAAAUGCAAAAUCUGGUACACCAUACGAUUUCAAUUAGGGAGGCUAACAAUGUGGAGCGUCGUGACUUGAUGCAACUGCUUCUGCAGUUGCGUAACACUGGAAAGGUUAGCACCGAUGACGGAAUGUGGUCGGCAAAGGCUGCAGUGAAUGGCGUAAAGACUCUAUCCAAAGACAAUGUUGUUGCACAGUUGUUUUUAUUCUUUGUGGCUGGCUAUGAAACAACUGCAUCGACUGCUGCAUUUACUUUAUAUGAGCUCGCGCAGAACCCGGAUGUGUUGGCCAAGUUGUUGGACGACAUCAACCAGACGCUGGCUAAGCACAACGGAGAGCUUAACUAUGAUAGCAUACAGGAUAUGAAAUACUUGGAGCUCUGUGUGAUGGAAACCACUCGCAAAUAUCCAGCACUGCCGAUACUCAAUCGCAUGUGCAACCAAGACUAUCCUUUGCCAAAUAGCAAGCUGGUUCUGAAGAAGGGCACCGAAAUAAUCAUAUCUCUAAUGGGCAUGCAUCGCGAUGAGGAAUACUUUCCAGAUCCACUCAGCUACCAGCCUGAACGUUUCACAGAAGAGCAUAGAAACUACACACCUGCUGCUUAUAUGCCCUUCGGCGUUGGACCCCGUCAGUGCAUAGCGGCUAGAAUGGGAAAGUUAAAUGUCAAGAUUGCAUUGACAAAAAUACUUACCAGCUUUACAUUAGAGACGCGCCAGGAGAAACGUGAGAUUGAGUUUACGGUCAAUGGAGUUCCCCUGCUUCCAAAAGGUGGUGUGCCUGUGCGACUGUCUAAAAAACAAUAGGUGAUAAACAACAAUCAAAUAACGAAUGAUUAGAUUAUAUACUUCAAAAUGUAGUUUUAAUUAAAAUUUAAGAAUGAUAUUAAAGCUCACAAAACAAAA